GUAAAAAUACUUUGUGUUUUUUAAGAUAUAAUUUAUGGAGUAAUAAAUGUGGUUUUCAAUCUUUGCAGUUACAUUUGGAGGUAUAACGAAUGUAUGUGAUGCAACUACUUUCAUUACGUUGUUAGAAGACGAGGGAGACUUGCAUGUCCAGGGGGGCAGUGUGGACUAGUGCAAACACCAUAAACUGUUUGGAAACAAAUGUUGAUGUCAAAGGUGAAGAUGAAGUGAUUGAUAAUGGAUUAAUGGGACAAUGUAAUGUAUCCUUGAUUGAGAAUAUUUCUGACCAACAGCAAAGCCAAGAGUGUGAGUCCUUCAAUGUUGUGGAUGCAAUGCCAGCGGUCGGUAUGCGUUUCAAAAACUACGAAGCACUAUAUAAUUUCUAUCAUGCUUAUGCUAAAAAAACGGGGUUUCCAAUUCGCAAAAGAAGCUCUAGGAAAGGAAAUGACGGGAUGACACGAAGUGUGACAAUGACUUGUGGUAGAGAGGGUAAUCGGGAGAAGCGGAGUAAAAAGAAUCUAAACGCACAACCCACAAUGCAGUUGGGUUGCACAGCCCAAAUCACUGCCACAGUCGAUAUUGAAGGUGCGUGCACCAUUUCGGUUGUUAAUUUAGAGCAUAAUCAUGGGCUAAGCCCAAGCAAAGCUCGUACAUGGCGUUGUAACAGGAAAGUGCCAAACCACGUUAAAAGACGUCUAGAGGUGAAUGAUGCUGCAGGGAUCCCGCUUCACAAAAGCUUCAACUCGACUGUUGUUGAAGCAGGGGGUUAUGACAACUUGACCUUUCUUGAAAAGGAUUUCCGAAAUUACGUGGAGCAAGUGAGGCGCGUUAAAAUAUGUGCAGGAGAAGCCAUGGCAAUCCAAGCUUAUUUUCAGAAAUUGCAAGCACAAUGCGAUGUGCACAAGCAACAGAUGGAUGAGUUGGCCCGAAAAUUGCAAUGGAGGGGACUCAAGAAGGUGGCCGAAAGGGGACUCCAUCUUGAAGCGAUCCAGGUCUGAAGUGGCAACGGGCUAAAGGGGGGAAUGAUGUAGUCAAUAAUGGAGUACUGGAGAG